AUGAAUGAAACAGAGAAUAAAAAAGAUUGUCAAGAUAAUAAUAUAAAAGAAAUAAAAGAUAAAAAUAAAAAUGAUAAUAUUAUUGUUGAUGUUCCAUAUGUUGGUAAAUCAACAAGUAAAUUCAUAAAGGACAUAAAACAACUAGCUAAACGUAUUAAACCAGAAACUUCAAUCUUAGCAAUACAAAGACCAUCACCUAAAGUUGGUCAAUUCUUUAAAAAUAAAGACAAAACAUUAAAAAAUUCACAAUCUGGUGUAGUCUAUCAAAUAAAAUGUAAUUCUUGUUCUUCUUCUUAUAUUGGACAAACAAAUAGACAACUUACACGAAGAUUAAAAGAACAUGGUGAAAUACAAAUCAAUCCAACAAAACAACAACAACAAAAACAAAAAUCAUUACAACACCAACAACAGCUACACCAACUUCGUAGGUCCGAUAGAACAGCAUCAAAAAAUCUUCCAAUUAUUUCUUAUUAUGAAUCAGAUACUAGUAGUGAUACAAUUAGUGAUAAUGGCAUGUCUUUAAUCAAUAAUCAAAAUGAGUCAAAAAAUAAUUCUGCAGUUUAUCGACACAUGACUGAAACUAAUCAUCAAAUGGAUUGGCAAAAUGUGAAAUUAUUAUACAAAGAUAAACAUCCUUAUAAAUUAUUAGUGAAAGAAUCACUUGCAAUAUUAGAACAUGUACCAACACUCAAUUUAACUACUCAAUCAACACCACUUAUAGUGUUUCCAGAUGGUCAUACAAAUCGGCGCAAAGAAAGAGAUAAAAUAUAA